ACUAACUUGUGGCUUGGGUUCAUUCCUGAAAGUCCAGUGCCAGAAUACAGCGUGCCAUCAUGUAAAUAAAAUAGCCACUGGAAAGCGACAUGGAAAAAUAUGGGAUGCAAAUACCAAGCUUGCCACAGGAAUGGUGCAUACAGGUAUGGGGCCAUCUCAAGUGAAUACCUUCCUAACAUCAUUGAAUAUCCCCCCUAUCAGUUCCCGAACUCUGCAGAUCAGACAAAAUGAAACAGGAACAGUGAUGGAGAAAAUUGCAGAGGAAAGCACCAGACGCAGCCUUGACGAUGAAAUUCAGGCAACCAUAGAGUGUGAAGGUACAGACGAGCUAACGGUCAGUGUCGACGCAGGUUGGCAGAAACGAGGCAGUGGGCGAUCCUUUGACAGCCUCUCUGGUCAUUGCUCCAUGAUUGGAUCCCAGACAGGCAAAGUCAUUGACUAUGAAAUUAGAACAAAAUGUUGCAAAAUUUGUGAGAGUGCCACAAGAAAUGGAAAAGACCCCAAAGAUCAUGACUGCCGAAAAAACUGGGAAGGAAGCUCUAAAGCAAUGGAAAAGGAUAUGGUGGCUAAAAUGGUCUCCAGAAAAGUGGAAGAAGGGGUGAACAUAACGAAUGUGGUUGCAGAUGAGGACACCACUACCUUUUGUCAUUUGAGAAAUGUCCACUCAAACAUUACAAAGAUUAGUGAUAAAAACCAUAUAAGGAAAAUUUUCACUUCAAAUUUGUAUGGUUUGCAACCAAAACACAGAUCACUGAGUACUAAAGUUAUUCGGUACUUUGUAAAAUGUUUUAACUACAUGUUGUCACAAAACCAAGGAAAUACAGAGGGGGUACAGAGAGGGUUGGAAGCAUUAAGCAGGCACCCUUUUGGUGAUCACAGCGCUUGCAAUGAAUCUUGGUGUUCCCAAAUCAGCAAUCCGAAACAGAAAUAUUCUGCUUUGCCAUAUGGAAAACCACUCAAGGACAGCCAUCUUCAAGAGUCCAUUCAACUCAUCUGCUCCAAGCUGCUGAAGGACACUUCCAAACUUUCAAGAUUAGGAAGUACACAAGCAAAUGAAGCGUUCAACAAAGCUGUCUCCCUAAAAGCUCCCAAGAAUCAUCACUUUGGUGGAUCUGCAAGUCUCAGUUACAGAGUUGCAGCAAGUGUUGCAGAGAAAAAUGCAGGGCAGAAAUAUCUGAUUGAGGUGAACAGAGGAGUUGGUCUCUCCCCAGGAAGACACACAAGAAAAUUCUGUUACUUGCGGGAUUCUCAAUCAAGAAAAAGAAAAGCCAUUGCCAGAACAAAGACUGCAAAAAGGAAAAGAAUGCAGUUGAAAGCCAAGAAAGUCCAGACUACAGUAUGUAAAGAGAUAAGAGAGGGCCCAACAUAUCAGUCUGGGGUUGGAAUAUCUGAUUCCAAUGUUGUAGUUGAUGAAAUUCCACCACCCUCAUCUGAACCACAACAGCAGAGUUUGUCAACCAAAGACAAAAAAUUUGUCUUUUUUGACCUGGAAACAACAGGACUUGCGAGAACAUCACACAUUCUACAGGUGGCUGCCAUUUGUGGGAAGGAGACAUUUUCUUCCUAUGUAAUGCCUAAGAAGCCAAUUACACCCUCUGCCUCCACAAUUACCGGCCUAAGGCUGGAUAAUGGAACCCUCUAUCACCAUGAGAGAAGAGUCAAUGCUGUUUCAAUUUCCAAUGCACUUGGCUCUUUUUUAAGCUUUAUUGAGAAGCAAGGCAAUGUUAUUUUAGUUGGCCACAAUAUCAAAAGUUUUGAUGUUCAUGUUCUUUUUCAAGCUCUAGAUUCUUGUUCGCUAUUGGAUCGAAUGUCAAAAUGUGUACAAGGUUUUUUAGAUACUAGAUUUCUAUUCAAACUUGUCCAUCCAAAUUUGUGUUCAUAUAGCCAGCAAUAUUUAUCAGAAGUGCUACUAAAAUGUACUUACAAUGCACAUGAUGCUGUAGAGGAUGUUUUAGCUUUGCAGAGGUUAUUUGAUACUGUUCAUUUUUGUGAUGGCGAACAUUCAUCUUGUACAUUUACAUUUCAGUAUGCUUUGAGUGUCCAUAACUACCAGAAGGUUGUAGAUAGAAACAUUCCAUCCUUACAAGGUUUGAUUGAUAAAAAUGUUUUGAGUGUCAGAAUGGCAAAGAAGGUGGCAGGUAGUGGCCUAAACUAUGAAUGUCUCAGAUUAGCACAUUCUAGAAGUCCUGAUGGCAUUUAUAAUCUAUUCACUGAGCUGUAUGACAACAAAUCUGUCAGAGUUACGAAGUGCAAGAAAAUUAUUGAUAAUGUUACCCAGUUUUUCAUGUCUUCAAACGAAAGUUAAAUGAUCACUAGAUGUAUAUUCUCUGGAGUUUUGCUUCUUGUACUUUGCUCACAAACAUUGAGGUCAUAUUGUGCAAAAUUCAUGAAAGAAGUUGAUCAUUAGUUUUGUCUUGAAAUGGAUGAUGUUGAGUCAUAUAAGAAAUAGUACAUUCUAUCUUUUACUUUGUUCAUGCAUUAAUUCAUUUUUGAUUUAUUAAUCAUUACAUUUAUUGCAUGUAAAUUUAAUUUAUUUUAACUAAAUGAUUCAAAAAUUAAUUUUAAAUUAUAUUGAGUGUACUGGUUUUUUCAUACACGGCGUGUGUAUUGCAGAAUUUUGUAUGAUCUCUUGGUUUUGCUAUGAUUUAAAUCGAGAAUGUGUAGAAUAUGGGACAAGGGAUUGUAAUUAAGUUUGUUUCCCUUACUUUCCUAGAAUAAUGUCCAUAAACUAUUUUUGAAGUUCAAAAAAUCACACCGAGUUGACAUGAAAAGAUUUUGUCAAGCAAUUCAACUUCUUUUUAUUACACAUUAUAAGGAGAAAUAAUGGAAUAUCACAUGAAAUUGAAAAAUAACAGAGGAAA